UGGUUGCCUUGUUUUUAUAAUCAUACUUCAUAGUGAAAAUAAUUCAACUUCGAAGAAGAUCCUGCUCCUCACUGACCUCAGUCCCUUCUCUUGCUGUGUCCUAGAGAAGCGAGGUCGUAUUAUCAAAAUCUUGACAACACGGCAGGGGGGGCACAAUGGGUGGCAUUCGACGAGUGAAGCUUGUGUUCCAGAAUGUGACGCAGAUGGUGUUCUGUGAUGGGCAGGCUCUGACUGCCGUUGUGGAAGUUGAAGUUACUGAGCCCACCAGGGUGCGCAAGGUGUCUGUCAAUAUUGACGGAUCAGCACACUGCCGAUGGAAGAGUGGCAAUACCACGUAUCGUGGUAACAUGGCCUAUCUCAGCGAGUGUGUGGUCGUUUGGCAGCCAACUGUGCCUAAUGAGAUGCUGACUGUGGGUGUUCACCAUUGGUCGUUCACAUUCCGCUUGCCGCGUGGCCUGCCAAGCUCGUGCAACAUUGGCUGCGGUGGCGUGUCUUAUGAGGCUGCCGCUGUCGUGGACAUUCCCUGGGGCUUUGACGUAGCACAUCGUAUACCGUUUGGCGUGGUGAAACGCAUUGAAGUGAACACAACACAGCUGCGCCGGUCGAUCACGAAGGCAGCUGAGAAAACGCUGUGCUGCUGCUGCUGCUCUCAAGGACCCGUGAAGUUACGUGCCACCAUCAAUAAACUCGGCUUCUGCAAUGGAGACUCUAUCGACCUCAAGUUUUCGGCGGAGAAUAAUACAGAUCGUGAGCUGGGCACUUUGCGCGUCCGUCUCCUCAGGGAAGAGAUUGCAAAGGUUCGCAAUAACACCAACUCGAGAACGCGUACGUGUCAUGUGGCCACCACGCAGGAGGUGCUGGGUGCUCAGAGUAACAUCAAUGUCAACUCAUUCAAGAUCCCUGUGCGUGACCUGCCACCAAGUGUUGCAGCUCAAGUUGUCUUUGUCAAGUACACAGUUGAGGUGGCUAUAGUUGUACCGUGGGGCAUGAACUGUGUGUGCCGCUUCGACGUCGUUAUUGGCACGAUGGACAGCAGUGAUGAAGAUCGGCAGAAUGUGGAGGAGCUCGUUGGCACACUGCUACGUGAGGCAGGACGCCGGGCUCACAUCCAGAGUGCAGCACGCAAUGAAGGCCUUGAAGAGGUUCAUGAGCCUCCACCAGCUUACACCGACGCAGUUACUUCAAACUCUGAGACGCAACGCUUGGUCUCAGCAAUGUAUGACUAAGGUGUGACGCGUUAUGUUACAAUGUCACCCUGUCACAGCCCAUGUGAACGUCUGCAUUGUAUGUUUGCUGCACCGCUAGCGUGUGCGUGUGUGUGUGCGUGUGUGCGUGUGCGUGUGUGUGUGUGUGUGUGUGUGUGUGUGUGUGUGUGUGUGUGUGUGUGUGUUGAUGCCCGGAUGUGUGUGCAUGCUUUAUUGUAGAUGCCAUUUUUGCUGAGCAUGUGUACACUGUGCUGUAUUCCGUUGGCAUGAUUGUCAUAAUUCACUAUGCACUGGCCAUGGUACUUUUGUGCCCCUCUGGGGUUGUGUAUGUGCACUGAAAAAAGGGAAAGAAAAGGUUGCUGAUACUGAUCCUUUUUCAGUCAAGGCUUUUUCGGUGAUUUUUUUCCAUCUUUUAUCACUUCUUGAUUUCCCAAAACUUUAAAAUUCUGUAAAAUCCUUUUCAACCAGUAUAUUAUGCCCUGUUGCAAACUCCUUUUACGCCAUUGGAUUUCUAUGUAUCCGUUGGCUGUGCAAGCCUUACCCUUCUUCAAUGUUCACUCCCAAAUGUUCUUGUUCUUAACUUCGUUUUCUGUUGACAUUUAGAUAUGCUUGCUGGUCAAGCAAGCCGCACUUUGCACCUGCUAUAAUAUAUGCUGCACGUUAGCGCUUUAGCUCCCCUGCUCACUCUCCUAGCAUGUGUCACACCAGUGGGUGUGAGCAUGACUUCACUCUUUAGAAUAUAUCACCAUUUUUCCUAGGCUGUCAAGACUUAAAAGGCUUGUUUUUAUGUGUCCUUGAGGUCUGAUUGCUGCACCCCAGUGUCUUUAUACUGUUUUAUAGCCGUGGCCCUUCCUUUCUGCCUGUUUAUGCCCCCUCUGUAGCAAGCUCUUUUGUGUGCGUAUGUACAUUUAUGUGAGUCCCGGUUCUGGGCGCACUCGUUUCUCCGUUUUUUAAGCCUCUUCAUUUGUUCUGUUUUGCUUGUUCUAGUGCUCUGGCUAUCCUGUAUUGAACUUGCGUGUGUUGUUGUUGUUUAUAUGCCAUGCUUCACCAAACAUUUUUUUGCCGUUGCGUGCCACAUGCACACCGUGCCUGCUCGAAAUCUGUUUUGUUUUAGGUCAUGAUAACUUACAGGUACAUGUACUGAGGUAGCUUU